AUGAGAUUGUUCGUUUUUUGCCUUGGGGUCACCCUUGGCCAGAUCAACCUGUUCAAACCCUUUGAUCCAAAUGAUCGCCCAGAGAGUCGCAUUGAUUACGAGGAUCCUGAAUACCUAGAUAUCGUCAAUUGCUGGCGUCUUCCAAGAGAACAAGAUGGUAGCAUGCACCACAUCCCCUACAACUACACCGUCGAGCUUAUUCAGCAUGGGUUCUAUGAGUCAGACAAAGUCGAUGGCUUCUUUCGAUUCGAAGGCGAAUCCACUGUUCUCAUUGAGUCUCGCACUCUCUCUCGCUUCAUCGUCAUGCACUCUGGAAAGAACUUCGACUUCACUGUUACAAACGUUUGGCUAGAUGGAGUUGAAUACGACAAGUUUGAGCAGUACAGCGAAAAGAACUAUCUGAUCAUUCAAAAUGAUCUCGCUACCUGGCCUAUCGGUUCAUUUCACGAAAUAAAAGUCAAGUUUAAUGGUGCCAUCCGAAAAGACAACUCCGGGCUUUACGAAACCAGCUACCCCGAUGCUGAUGGAAAUGUCCACUACAUGGCAGGGACUCAAAUGGAGUGCUGCGGAGCUAGAAAAAUGUUCCCAUGCUUCGAUGAGCCCGAAUACAAGGCAUAUUUUGAUAUGACUGUUCAUACAAAGUACCCAGAAUAUCAUGCGAUUUUCAACACCGAGCAGGAAUCGGUUGGUCCAUCACCACUUGGAGGCGACUAUUAUGUGACCAAAUUCGAUAGAACAAUGAAGAUGCCUACAUAUCUUCUCGCAAUGGUCAUUUCUGACUACGACAGAAGUCUCGUCGCUCGAUCUCCAGAAACUGACACAUCUGUAACUAUCCUUGGACCCAAAGUCAGACUCGACAACGGGGAGGGAGAUUAUGGCCUUCAGCUUGCAAUGGACAUUAUUGACGGGUUCUCCGCAUUCUAUGGUUACAACUAUGCUGACUCUUUCCUGCCAGGCCGUGCAAAAUCUGACCAAGUCGGUCUGUCGGACUUCCUUGCCGGUGCCAUGGAAAACUGGGGCUUGGUUACAUAUCAGAACUUCUUGAUCUAUAUCCUCCCAGAAGAGCAAUUCGAAUAUAACGUCAUGUCCGUCGCUACUGUUUUCGGUCAUGAGCUUCAGCAUCAAUGGACCGGCAAUCUCAUCACGUGUACCUGGUGGGAUGAGAUUUGGAUCAAUGAGGCAUUUGCAGAUAUCGGUGGCUACCUUGCUCUCAAAUGGGCUGAGCCUACUUGGAACCUUGAAAAUGAGUUCAUCGUGAACGAGCUUUUCAGAGCUCUCCGUUUCGACGACAGAACUUCAUCGAGACCACUGAUCAACAAGCAGAACAACAACGGAGGAAAGGUAGAGAAUCCAGCUGAAAUCAUGUUGCAGUUCGAUCUCAUUGCUUAUCAAAAAGGAGGAUCAAUUGUCAGAAUGAUGAUCUACUGCAUGGGUGAGGACCGAUGGCAACUCGGCAUGCAAGAUUAUCUUCAAGCUAACAAAUUCUCUAACACCGACGGCGAGAUUUACUUCAAACACAUGCAGAGCGCUCUUGACUCUUACCCAGCCGUCGAUGGAUGGGAUCUUCCAUACGACCACUCAGGAGCGACUCCCUUCAACAAAACUUUCGACGGAUGGGUUCGCCAAAUGGGAUAUCCAGUUCUUCGCGCCCAAGCUGAUCAGAAUCUCUUCCUUGUUUCUCAAUCCCGAUAUUUGCAAACUGGCGAGAACAUUAACGAACCACCAAGCUCACUGGACUACAAAUGGACUGUGCCUCUUCCAGCACUUGACCAGGACAACAAAAUUGUCAUGAAUUGGAUGCUAUCUAAUGAAACUACUGUCGGUGUGCCUAAAAAUCUCUGGUUCGAUCCCGAGGGCAAGAUUUACGCGUAUUACAUUAUCGAAGACUACCAAGAGCUUAAAAAGCAAGUCAAUGACAUUUUCCUCCGAGAAGAAAAGGCCGCGAUCGGCUUGAUUCCUUUCUUUCCUAAGGACUUCCACAAUGGUGUCGCCAAAUAUCUGCAUAGUUACUGGAAGACUAUGGUUGCUGAUAUGACUUACGGAUCACAGUACUUCCACAUCAUGGAAUUGACAAGGAUUUUCACGAUUCCAAGUCUUGCUGAUGGCGUUCAGCGCUGGCCGAUGUGGAACACGCUUGCUUACGUUUUCAACAGGAUUGUGGCGCCUAAUGGACGGGAGACUGCUUCGUACUCGGCGCGGAAAAUGAUGAUGUUCUCAAGCUCUCGAAAGCUCUGGGCGGACUACAUGGGACCGCUAGCUAAGGGCGCUGUCGCCAACGUUUUCCCUGAGUAUCGAGACGGUGGGUCACAUGACGCUAAAAGAGCAGUAAGAGAUGUCGUCGAUUGGGCUUGUUUCCACAACGAAGAAAGCUGUUUAUCCGCUGCCGCAAGCAACUUUGCAAAGGUUAUGUCAGGCGAAAAAACGUGGGAUGAAAUCAACAUCAACAUGCGGGAUCUGUCCAAAAACUAUGGAAUUCGCGCGGGAGGCAAGAAAGAAGUAGACUUCAUCAAGCAGGAAAUUUACUCUGGAAGCUCAAACGAAGCAACUGUUGCUAUUCGAACUCUAUCUUAUAUGAAUGCUCAGAGCGCAGACUUGGGAUUUGAGCUCUUCAAUGAGCUUUUGGGAAAUCAAGAUUCAGCAAAUUUGGCGACUGCGCUUCAAGAAUUCGCCCGACAAACUGAAACGCGUGAUUUCACGAUCAGUUAUCUUCAAGAAUACGGAAAUGUGGUCAACACUUGGAUCAAAAAUGGAAUGGGAGAGGUUGUGAGCAAUCUCUGCGCGUAUAUUCAGACUCAAGAUGAAUACGAUGAGAUCAUGAAGAUCAGAGAUUUAAUUGGACUCGAUGAUCUUUCUGUGGAAGCAAUCGGUCAGUUCCGAGCUUGCGAAGAGCGAUUGGAGCAAAACUCCGACUUUAUGAAUGCGUAUGGAUCCCAGAUUAUCUACUGGCUUCGUAAUUACGAUCCAAACUAUCCUCUUUGA